GUUCACCGGCUUAAUCUUUGAGUUAACUGAGUUUUCAGUUGGGUUGAUCAAUCUUGUUGUUUUUCAAUUAAUCAGAUUUACUGAUUAAUGGAAUCAUUUUCUAGUUUCUACUAAUUAGUUAUUAUUAUUGUUCGGUGGUUAAGGCAAUACUCUAAAAGUUUUUUGUUUGUCACAGUGUUGGAUUCAUUUUCUGUGUCAAGUUGGUGAUCAUCAUGACUAAUCAUUUACCUGCAAUUGUUAUCGACAAUGGUACUGGUUACACUAAAUUAGGCUAUGCUGGUAAUACUGGACCUCAGUAUAUUAUCCCAUCGUCCAUAGCAAUAAAGGAAACAUCUAAAGUUGGUGAUCAAGCUUCUCGUCGGUUAGCAAGAGGAAUUGAUGAUUUAGAUUUUUUCAUUGGCGAUGAUUGUAUUGAUCUAAAUGGUUAUUCAAUUAAAUACCCAAUCCGUCAUGGUAUCGUUGAAGAUUGGGACUUGAUGGAACGCUUCUGGGAACAAUGUAUUUUCAAAUAUCUUCGAGCUGAACCAGAGGAUCAUUAUUUCCUACUAACGGAACCGCCCUUGAAUACACCAGAGAACCGUGAAUACACUGCUGAGAUUAUGUUUGAAUCUUUUAAUGUACCUGGUUUAUACAUUGCCGUUCAAGCUGUUCUCGCUCUGGUGGCCUCUUGGUCGGCAACCAAUGGAGUUCAAAGUUUAACCGGAAUUGUGGUUGAUUCGGGUGAUGGUGUGACCCAUGUUAUCCCUGUUGCCGAUGGCUAUGUUAUCGGUAGUUGUAUCAAACAUAUUCCCAUUGCAGGUCGUGAUAUUACUUAUUUUAUCCAAAGUCUUCUACGUGAACGUGAAUUUAACAUUCCACCCGAACAAUCAUUGGAAACUGCAAAAGCAAUUAAGGAAAAAUUCUGCUACAUUUGUCCAGAUAUUGCUAAAGAGUUUGACAAAUUUGACAAGAACCCAUCUAAAUGUGUUAAAAAAUAUUCUGGUGUUAAUCAUAUAACCAAAUCAAAUUUUGAUGUUGAUGUUGGAUUUGAACGUUUCCUUGGACCUGAGAUAUUUUUCAAUCCUGAGAUCGCUAAUCCUGAUUCAACAUCAAUUUCUGACAUUGUUGACACUUGUAUACAAAACUGUCCAAUUGAUGUUCGUCGACCUCUUUAUAAGAAUAUCGUUCUUUCUGGUGGAUCAACUAUGUUCAAAGAUUUCGAUAAACGUUUAGAACGUGAUAUUAAACGGCAAUGCAAUGCUAGACAGAAAUUAAGUACACAAUUAUCAUCAGGAACAAUCACUCCAAGUCAAAUGACGGUCAAAGUUGUUUCCCAUUCGAUGCAACGUUACGCUGUUUGGUUCGGUGGAUCGAUUUUAGCUUCGACGAAUGAAUUUUAUACAACUUCGCACACGAAACAAAAAUACGAAGAAUAUGGUCCUAGUAUUUGUCGACACAAUCCAGUUUUCGGUGCUCUCAUUUAAAUGAACAAUUUAUUAACUCUCGUGAAAAAAGAAAUUUCAAUAAUUACCUGAUGAUUUAAUUCGCAUCAAAUUUCGUUUGCUCUUCUAAUUUUCUCUAUCAUUCUCUCAUCUUUUGCUCUCACACCUUGGAAAACACUAUAAUUAGUUGAUUACAAGCAAAAUUGCCUCGCCAAUCAAUUAAAUCUGCGAAUCUUAAUUGUUGGGUUAUUCGGAUCAACGGUGAAAAACAAAACUAGAAACAAUCAACAAAGUUAAAAACUUCCAUUUGUAAUUUUUCCCUUUGGUUUAAAAAGUUUUUUUAUUAAUUAACGUUAACUAAAUUGUCUCAACAAUCAAUCAUUACCACUAAUUGGGUAAAAAAAGGAGAAAGUUAAUUAAAAGCUGUUUAAUCUUCUUUCUAAUUUUAAGUUAA